UAUUCGCAGCUGAAGAUCAGCCCCCAUUAUCGCGGUGUUUAUUUUGAUAUCAGCUGCCCCAAGCUGCGAUAUCAAUCGACGACGUCUUGAGAAAGGAUUAAGCGAGGCAGACACUACAUGAAAAAUGUUCAAAAUAGAGUACAUCUGUUUUAUUUGUGGGAUUUUAGCAAACUUGUCAGCCGUGUUAGGUCAGUUCUAUUUCCCCAAUGAGGCCACCCAAGUGCCCAACUAUGGGCGAUGCAUUACGCCCAAUCGGGAACGGGCCCUGUGCAUCCAUCUGGAGGAUUGCAAAUAUCUCUAUGGCGUGCUGACGACGAGCCCUCUGCGUGACACCGACAGACUCUACCUCAGUCGCAGCCAGUGUGGCUAUACGAACGGUAAGGUAUUGAUCUGCUGCCUGGAUAGGUACCGGGACACCAGCCCGACCACGAUGCAGCAGUCGGUCCAACCAAACAUCACCAAUAGCAAUCUGCUGCCGCUGCCAGGCCAAUGCGGCAAUCUGUUGUCCAAUCGUAUUUACGGUGGCGUCCGAACCAAAAUCGACGAGUUCCCCUGGAUGGCAUUGAUAGAAUACACCAAGACCGCUGGCAAAAAGGGCCAUCAUUGCGGUGGCUCCUUGAUUAGCACUCGGUAUGUGGUGACGGCCUCGCACUGUGUCAAUGGUAAGGCCCUGCCCGCCGACUGGCGACUGACUGGUGUGCGCCUGGGCGAGUGGGACACCGCCACCGAUCCCGACUGCGAGUUGGACGUACGGGGCAUGAAGGACUGUGCACCUGCGCACUUGGAUGUGCCUGUCGAGCGGACUAUACCACAUCCCUCCUACAUUCCCAGCUCUAAAAACCAGGUUAACGACAUUGCUUUGCUACGUUUGGGCAACCAAGUGGAGUACACCGACUUUGUGCGGCCCAUUUGCUUGCCCCUGGACGUGAAUCUGCGCUCAGCCACGUUUGAUGGCAUUACCAUGGAUGUGGCUGGCUGGGGAAAGACGGAAGAGAUGUCCUCCAGCAAUCUGAAGCUCAAGGCUGCCGUGGAAGGGACCAGAAUGGACGACUGCCAGGCCGUGUACAACCGUCAGGACAUAAUGCUGGAGGACACACAGAUGUGUGCAGGCGGCAAAGAGGGCAUCGACUCGUGUCGCGGUGACUCCGGGGGUCCGCUGAUAGGCCUGGACACAAACAAAGUAAAUACUUACUAUUUCUUGGCGGGCGUGGUUUCCUUCGGGCCCACGCCCUGCGGCCUGGCGGGCUGGCCAGGAGUGUACACGCUCGUGGGAAAAUACGUUGACUGGAUCCAAAAUACAAUUGAGCCAUAAAUGUUGUGUAAGUGUAAUUGUAAACCACAUUUAAAUUGUAAAUUGUAAAUAAAUCUUAUAAACAAA